GAGGGGUGCGGUGGGGAUGGGGGCUCUGCUCUGGGUGUGCCCCCCACACCAGGGCUUGGCGGGGAGCACAGACCCCACUCCCCACUUCGGUCCUCACCUCUCAGCAUUUCCCUCCUCAUCCUCUUCCAAAAAUCCCCCCUAAAUCCCUUUCUCCAUCGGAUUGGGAAGCGGUGACGCUGGAGGGGCACGAGGGUCUCGCACGGGGGUCCCCAGUGCCCAAAUCCCUGGGGAUGGAGAGAUGGAAGGGAUGGAGGAAUGCCGGAGAUGGAAGGGACGGAGGGUCGUCGUGGGAAAGCGGGCGGCAGUGGGGAUGGGGGCUCUGCUCUCCCCCUGCCCCAUUCCCGGCGCUCGGAGUUCCACAGGAGCACAGACCCCGCCUGGCUCCCGCACUCCCCUCCCCCAUCCUUUCCCGAAAAUCCCCCCCAAAAUCCGCGUCUCCAUCGCUCCGGGGGGCCGGCGACGCCGGGCUCGCCCCGUUUCGUAAGCGGGGGCCGGGUGUGUGCGGGAACGCGUGCGCGGGGCGUGGGAUGAGUUCAGCCUCUUGGCUGCAUUCCCUGGAUCCCAUCCCUGGAAAUGUCACUGGAAACUCUGAAUGGGCCGGCCCCGCUCCAGAGCUGGGGGGGCAGCGCACCCCGGGGGCCGGGGCACACGGGGACCCAACGCCGGGCAGGAGGCGGGGAAAUAUUUCUGCCCUGUCGUGUUCCCGGCACUGGCAGCGCUCCCGGGCGGGCGACGCUGCUGCCAGAUCGGAAGAGCGGUUCUCUGCCAGAGCCUGGGGAUGCCCAGAGAGCGGCACGGCACGCCCCGUGAGCACGGCUGCUUCUCCCACAGGGCGCGGGCACCAUCGCACCCCCCCGGCCAUGGCGGGCCGGCUCCUGCCCCCCGACACCAGCCCGGCUCUGGGUGUGGAGGGCGUUCCCCACCCUCACCCACCUGUGCAGGUGACACGGGUGCCCGUCAUCCGCCACCGCGGCUCCAACACUCUCAACUUCCACUUCCAUGAGCCGGAGAGCCGCGGCACUGCCGAGAAGGGCCAGGGAGCUGCCAAGAGCUCGGGUACAGCCCUCAGCAUCCUGGGGACACCCCUGGGGGCUCCCCCCACUUUUCUUCGUGCCGUGGAUUUCUCUUCCCUGCCGCUCGCAGCUCCGUCCCGCUCUCCCCGGGGCUCCCCAAAACCCCGGUGCUUCCCGGGGGUCCCCGUUGGCACCGCCCAGGAGGUGUCCCCCAAAGCUCCCGGUGUCGGGAAGCGCUCCGGGGGUCCCGUCCCCCCCCAGCCGCCCCCCGGCCGCUGCGGGGGCGCGCUGUCUCCCCCUCACCACCGCAAUGUGUCCCCCCAGAGCGUGGACAGCCCCCGGGACUGGUACCGCAGCAUGUUCCGGCAGAUCCACCGCAAGCUGCCAGAGCCCGACUGGGACACCCAUUCCUGCCCCAGCACGGCGCCCCCAUCGCCCCCCAAAGCGCGGAGGAGGGGGUCGGCCCCAGCGGAGCCCCCCGGAAUGCCCAACGGGAUGGAUUGGAGCCGCUGGGGUGCCACCGCCGAGCCUGGCAGCAUUUUUGACUACGAGCCAGGGAAUUUCUCUCCGCGGGAGCAGAGCCCGGCAGCAGCACGGCCGAAGCGGGCUCAGUCCAUCGAGGUGCUGCUGGAGCAGGAGCUGGAGCAGCUCAGCGAGGAGCUGGACAAGGACAUGAGGGACAUGGAGACUCGCAGGACGCCCCGCCAGAGCCCGGCGGCUGCUCCCACCGCUCGCUCCCCUGCUCCGGCCUCCCCGGCUGCUCGGAGCCCCCUGUCACCCCACAGGAGCCCCCCUGUCACCCCCAGCAUGGAGCGGGGUGGGCUGGGGCUGGCCAGUGACCGCAGCCACGCAGCCCCCGGCAGAGACACCCUCAGGCCAGGGACCCUCCCCAGCCUGUCGGACCUGGGGGACCCGGUGGAGGCCGUCAAGAAGGAGGAGAAGAAGAUGAAAGCUGCUCGCCUCAAGUUCGACUUCCAGGCUGAAUCUCCCAAGGAGCUGACGCUGCAGAAGGGCGACAUCGUCUACAUCCACAAGGAGGUGGACAGGAACUGGCUGGAGGGGGAGCACCACGGCCGCGUGGGCAUCUUCCCUUCCAACUACGUGGAGAUCCUGCCCCCCACGGAGGUGCCCAAGCCCAUCAAGGCUCCCACGCUCCAGGUGCUGGAAUACGGGGAGGCGCUGGCGCUCUACAACUUCAGAGGGGAUCUGCACGUGGAGCUCUCCUUUCGCAAGGGCGAGCGGAUCUGCCUGGUGCGGCGAGUGAACGAGAACUGGUACGAGGGGCGGAUCUCGGGCACCAGCCGCCAGGGCAUCUUCCCCGCCACCUACGUGCAGGUGUUGAAGGAGCCGGGGCCCGUGCCCCCACAGCGCUCGACACAAACCAGCGCCCGCCCCGAGCCCGCCCCGUCCUACAACGGCUCCGAAAUCCGGUGGACACCGUACCGCGCGCUCUACCAGUACCGGCCCCAAAACGCCGACGAGCUGGAGCUGCUGGAGGGGGACAGGGUGGAUGUCAUGCAGCAGUGCGACGAUGGCUGGUUCGUGGGAGUGUCCAGGAGGACGCAGAAAUUCGGCACUUUCCCCGGGAAUUACGUGGCGCCGGUGUGACCGGACCCCGGGGGGAGGAGUGGGGCUGGGGGCUUCUCCCUGUGUCCCCUCCGUGUCCCCCCACGGGGAUGAAGCGCCCCCCAGCUCCCUCCCGCCCCUAUGGGGCUGCGUCUAACAGGGACAAAUCCCCCGGUUCGGGGUGUCCCCCUCACCCCAGUGCCUUAACCGCCCCCUCCUCACCGCUG